AACCGACGGCAUCUCCCGAGGUCCGGACACGUCGGGAGGGUGGAAACGGAGACCCCAGGCCGGACGGACCCCCAGGAUGGCAGACGACGACGACGACAACGACGGGCAGAGGGUCCGCUACCUGGCCGCGUUGGGCUGCCCGGUCGGAGGCCCGGAGGCGGGCACGGCGCGGGUGCUGUGCCACCAGGACGACGUCUACCUCGCCAGCGGGACCGAAUUCGUCUACGUCUACGAACGGGCGGGGAAGCGGAUCCGGGACGUGUACAGAUUUCCCGACCGAGUCUGGCACCUGGAACUCCUGGCCCUUCCGAGGGAACUUUACAUCCUGUGUGCCCGGAAUGGCAUUUUCCGCCUUCGGCUGGACCGUCCAAACAGGUCGGAGGCCGGGGCCGGUGGAGGAGAGGACCGUGACGAUGCGUCGGUGGUGGGUCCCGAGGCCUGUGUACUGGCCGACCCCACUCUGUGCGCUUUCGCCAUCCUGGCCACUGACGAGGGCGACGGUGUGGUCACCCUGGCCCCCGGCCCGGCCGGGUGGACCGUGAGCCUGUUCGGGCUGCCCCUCCCGGGCCCCGGCCACGGGCUCCCAACCCCCAAGGGCCGGGUGGUCCUCCCGGACGGCGGGGGAGACCCCCGCACGCCCCCCGCCCCGCGCUUCGUGCCCGUCCUGUGCUGCGCAGGGGGCCCGCUGUCCGGCGGGAGCAAGGCCGCCGCCGUGGUCCUGUGCGGGCUCCCCGACGGCCGGCUCUACCGCGUAGCCCUGCCCGCCCCCGCCGCCGACCCCGUCCGCCUCGUCCACCACCUGGAGGAGCCGGUGGUGUUCAUCGGCGCCCUGAAGACCGCCGGCCCCGGGCGCGACUGCGUGGUGGCCGUCGGGCGCGGCGGCAAGGUGGCGGCCCUCAGGGCCGGGGAGCUGCGGGAAUACCAGCUGCCGGGCCCCGUCCUCUGUGCCGCCUGCGGGGCCGGGAGCCGACUCUUCGUGGGCACGCGCUCCGACCUGGCGGCCGUGGACCUGGCGGCCGGGGACGGAGGCCGCCCGGCGAGGCCCGGCGACCUCGGGGACCCCCCGGCCGGCCUGCCCGCCGGCCUGGCGCCCGCCAGCUUGAGGAUCUGUGGCGUGGUGACCCUGGCCGUGUCCGCCGGGACGCCGGAAGGAGAAGCGGAACUGUUGGCGCUGACGGCCAAGGGCCGGCUGAUGACCUGCCGCCCGGGGCCGCGGGCGCCCGGGAAGGGGACGGUGGCCCGCUCGGGACGGAGGAUCAAGGACCUGCUCUCCGGCAUCGGCGACGUCUCCGAGAGGGUGGGCUUCCUGAGGAAGGCCGUGGAGCAGAGGAACCGGGCCCUGGCGGGGCUGAACGAGGCCCUGAACGUGAGCUGCGCCCUCCUGGGCGGGCGGCGGGACCCCCGGCCCCUGGGCUGCAGCGCCCGCGCCCUCUGGACCCCGCCCGGGCCCCGCGCCGCCCUGGCCCUCGCCUGCGUCCUGCACAACGCCGGCGCCUUCGGCCUGGACGGCGGCUGGACCCUCUGCGUCCGGCUGGCGCCCGCGGGCCGGCCCCGGGGCGGGGGGCUCUCCGGCCCCGCCACCUACACCGUCCCGCUGGGCCCGCUGCCGCCCGGCGGGCGCACGGAAGCCACGCUGCCCCUGGGCCCGGGCCCCGGCCGCCCGCCCGCCCUGCCCGUCGCCGUCUCCUGCUCGCUCUUCUACAGCCUCGGGCCGCCCGGCCCGGAGGGCGUCUGCCUGCCGCUGAGCCGACACUCGGUGGACGUGCUGCAGUGCCUCCGUUUCCCCGGCCCGGCCCCGGCCCCCGGCCCGACCCCCGACCCCGUGGACGCCUUCCUGGGCCGGGCGCGGGCGCGGGCGCGGGAGGAGCCCCCCGCGGCGCGCUACGUGCCGCCCUCCGUGGCCUCCAUCAAGGUGUCCGCCCGGCUGCUGAGGAGCGCCCUGAAGGACCGCUGCCCGGAAGCCCCCCUGUGCUGCGGCACCCUGAGGUGGCUCCUGGCGGAGAACGACGCGGCGGAUGCGGUGAGGACCCGGGCCGUGGCCGCGGUCCGGGCGCUGGCCCCCGACGGGAACGACGUCCACCUCCUCGUCCGAGAGGUGGCAGUGACGGAGCUGUGCCCGGCGGGCCCCAUCGAGGCCGUGGAGAUCCAGAUGGAGAGCGUCACUCUCGCCAACCUCUGCUGCCUCCACCACGCCGUCGUCCAGCGCUUCCUGACUUUGGUGAUGGACCAAGCGUCCCGGGAGUCCGACCCGCCUCACCUCCGCCUGCACUGUCUGCGGCAGAUCCACAGCGACCACGAGACGCUGCUGAAGCAAGUGCGGAGCUUGAGAGACCACCCCGGGCGGGAGGACGACGCCGGCGCCGCAGCCGAGGAGCUGCUGCGGCUCUACCGGCGGCUGCGCAACCCCGGCCUCGUCCUGCUCUGACCGCCGAGACCCCUCCCCGCCAUGGGCCGCUUUCGGCCCGCAACCACCGGUCACGGUCAUGGUGCUAUUUGGUAAGCGCUCACUAUGGACUGAGCGCCGGG